CAGUUAUUAAAGACUAUACAGUCAGAGUCAGUUAACUUAACCUCAAAGUUACUAAACUAUUGUAGUAAGUUUAGGUUAGACUUAAUAUUUGAUAUUUAGCCGGAUUUUUAUUUCUUUGUGUAUUUUUUUAAAACAAGAAGCAACUGAUAUGUUUAAGAAAUUUGAUGAAAAGGAAAGUGUAUCUGGAGUCCAGCAACUCAAGUCUUCAGUUCAAAAGGGUAUAAGAAGCAAACUGUUGGAGCAAUUUCCCUUCUUGGACUCUUAUGUGGAUACUAUCCUGCCAAAAAAAGAUACAUUUAGGAUUGUCAAGUGCCAUGAUCAUAUAGAAAUAAUAGUGAAUGGCGCAGGAGAGCUUCUAUUCUUUCGACAACGAGAAGGCCCAUGGAUGCCAACAUUAAGACUGUUACAUAAAUACCCAUUUUUCCUACCAUGGCAGCAAGUGGACAAGGGUGCCAUUCGGUUCGUACUCAGUGGUGCCAACAUUAUGUGUCCAGGACUCACAUCUCCAGGCGCCAUCAUGACUCAAGCUCCGAAAGGAACAGUUGUUGCAGUGAUGGCUGAAGGUAAACAACAUGCUCUGGCAGUCGGAACAACUGCACUUUCUACAGAAGAUAUAGCAAAAGUAAACAAAGGCAUCGGCAUCGAGAACUGUCACUACCUCAACGAUGGACUGUGGCAGAUGAAGCCCAUCAAGUAAUCCUCUCAUUUCUACCAAACAACUGAAAACUGGCCAAAUUAGUUGUUAAUACAAGUAAUAAAUUUGUUUACAACUA